CAAGAUUGAGCAAGAGUGACUGCACAGCUGCCGCCGAAUUUAAAGAGACAGGCAAUCGUUUAUUUAAAAUAACAAUCAGCAACCAUUGUCUCAAAGCUUGUUUUAAGAGGCUUCACUCUGACAUAGCGUACCAUUUGUAGUCAAUCGUUGGACCAAUAAUGGCGUUUAAUCAAAGUCGCAUCGAGUAUUAGCGUAUCGUCAUAGCUAAGUUACCUGGUUGGAUUUUCGCUCUUUUGCUUGCUGGCUAAUGUUAGCCAACUAAGCGUUGCUAGCUGGUUUCCCGACGAAGAGCAAGAUUUGUCGGAUAGCCAACAACCAUAUACCGAAGCUUAUAAUCAAGUAGUAGUGGCUACUAUAUCGCCGGGAUAAUGGCGAAAAUCCAGGCACACAGCAACACGAAGCAAAUAAACCAAAUUCAAGACAAGGCCUAUGUUGUACAAAAACAAGUGCAACAACAGCACUUUCAGAAACUGAAGGUAAGAGACGGUAACAAAAAUGGAAAAGUCUUCCUCAGAACCAUUUUGUGUUCGUCAGAUAUUGGCCAUCUCUCGAUGCUAACGAGUUAGCUGGCUAACUAAUCAUAAGGGUUCUGAUUGGAAUGUUACUAGCUAGCUAACGUUAGCGUUUGUUGUCGCAUGCAUGCACAGGACUUCAGUGGAGGUUAGCUAACGCCAGCUAACUUCGGUUCUCCAAUUGCGUUAAACGUGAUUUUAGAAAUGAGUCACUGGGUCAUCCAAAUACAGCCUAGUAGGACAUCAUGUUAGUUAUCCAUCUAGUUGCUUUGGCUGGCUAGAAGCUACCUAGUUUCGAUUGUCAGAUAACUUCGGACAUCCGAAGUUCCUUGUUCACCUUCUCUGCCCACACUGCCAGGCAGAACAAAGUCAAACGUGCGUUACCUAGAAUGGGAUGGUGUUUGUUGGCACAAAAUGGGAGACCUGUCUUUGCUAUUUUGUAAUCCGACGUCGACAGUUAGCCAACAUACUCCUCUGUUCACUCACUAUGUUAUGAACAUAAUGGUAUAUUUAGAAAACCCUAACGUUAGAUAUUGUUUAUUCAGGCGUAUUCCUUGUUUUCCACACAGCACACAGAACCAUCGAAUUUGUUAGCUAGCUAACCAUACAGUUUACGUUUUCCUAGGUGACCAGAUUUUAGCUACGUUAAUGUAUCAAAGACAAAGGUGUUUAGAUGUGUGAUGUAUAGUAAGCCUAUUUUUAUUUAUUUAAAAAAAAUCUUGCUCAGCCUAGUUUAUCUGCCUAUUAUUUGCAGUGUAGCUGAAAAUAAUACUGGUAGAUGGUUGGAUAGCUAGCUAAACGAGUUAUAGUCAAAACAUGCAAUGUUAUUCAGCUAAUGACUGCAUUGAGAAGCAACAUGAUUGAUUUGCCCUUGUGAUUGUGAAUGUGUAAUAACAGUGAUGACACACACACUAUAUUCUUUGUUGAUGAUCUGGCGGUAAUCUAGAGUGGGCCCCUUAAUUUCUUGAAUUUUAUGGAGAGGGAGAAAUACAAUUUGAUAAUGCUCUAAUGAAUUUUCAUUUGGUUCCACACCAUUAUCUUUACCCUCAGGUUGAAGAUGCCCUAUCAUACCUGGACCAAGUGAAAAUACGAUUUGGGAAUGACCCUGGAAUAUACAACAAAUUUCUUGACAUAAUGAAAGAAUUUAAAUCACAAAGGUAUUGAGUUUCCCUUUCCCAUUUCUUGAAAAGUGACUAACUUCAAUAGUAUAAAAGCAUCUAUCUUAAAGGGCCAAUUCAACCAUUUUUAUAUUAAUAUCAAAUAAUUUUUGGGUACCAAUUACGUACCUUACUGUAAUAUAUUUCCAUUAAAACGGGCAAAAAACUUUCUUAAGUAAGCGUUUUGCUAGGACUGUCUGGGAGUGGUCUGAGUGGGGAGGGGGAAACUGAAAACUAGCUGUUAUUGGCAGAGAGGUUUGGAACUCUUUUUGUUAUUGAUCUAUUAACCGAUUUAUCCCAUGGUGAUACCACCAUGGAAAGCCGAAACUCCCGCUCAUGGAAACCUGCUGAUUACAAGGUCCUGUGUAGAUUGUAUUUUCAACCAGCAACUAUCAGGAAAUAACACUGAUCAAAUGUUUUCACACUUUUACUGUGUUAGUUUAAUCAGUUUUUGUACAGUAUGAAUACAACACAGGAAAAACACAAUUUUGACUUCACUGAGCCUUUUAAAUGUGUUGAAAAGCAGAUGUUCUUAAUGCCAUCUCAUUUAAGGUCACUUCCUCUGUCCCUAUAAAAUUUCACAAAAAUCUUUCUCUCCUCCUUCAUAGCAUUGACACACCGGGUGUUAUAAACCGUGUGUCUCAGCUCUUCCACGGACACCCGGACCUUGUCUUAGGAUUCAAUGCCUUCCUGCCCCCAGGAUAUCGGAUAGAGAUUCCCAAGAAUGGAGUGGUUUUCCUUCAGUCCCCUUUCUCUGCCCAGGUGGGUCACUAUAAAUGUGUAUUGAUUGGGUUUCCAGACAAUCAUAAUACUGGCUGCCUCUGCACAACAAUUUGUGUAACCCAGUUUUAUGAAUCAAUAUCCACACAAAGUACUGGUAGUGGGCCUAUAUAUAAAUAGAGUUUGCCACAACUUUUCCACCGGAGCAUACCACAUGGUCACACACAAAGGUGCUCUUAAGAUGCAUGUUGUGAAGUUAUUUAUGAUAAACGUAAGUGCCACCUUUUCUUUGGUAGGUCUCCCCAGGCCAGGGGAAGAGUAUUGCAAGCCCUGCUGUGAGUGCCACUGGCUCAUCUGUUGCUGAAGCUGGGUCUGCCCAAAGUGAAGCUGUGGCAUCGCCUGAAAGCAUCUCCUCGUCCUCUGGACCCCCAGAGCCUCCCAGUAGACUGUCCCUGCCACUCCCCAGCAGAGAGAGCCAGUCCCAGCCACAGUCCUCCUCAGUGUCCCCCCCUGCCUCGGAGCCCAGCCCAGUAGAAUUUGACAGUGCUAUCAGCUAUGUCAACAAGAUAAAAAACCGCUUCUUAGACCAUCCAGAGAUCUACAGAUCCUUCCUUGAGAUACUACAUACUUACCAGGUACACUGUGUCAUCAAUAUGGUAAUUAAUUUGUUUUUCUGUCAAUUGAAAACAACAUAUUUGAUUGAUGUCUGCUUAAAGUGAAGUUGUUUGCUAGCAUCUAGGUCAAGGCCACUUGAAAUUGUUGCAGAUGAGUGUGUAUCCUAUCACAGUUACUCAGAUGGAACAACCGUCUGUUUUUGUGUUUUCAGAAGGAGCAGCUUGAGGUCAAGGAGAGCCGGGGUCGUAGUAGUAAUGGGAUGACAGAGGAUGAAGUUUUCUCAAAAGUGGCCAGCCUCUUCAAAGGCCAAGAGGACUUAUUGGCUGAGUUUGGACAGUUCUUACCAGAUGCUAAGAGAUCAUUGGUUAGUAUUUUCCCCUUCUUUCUGAGAACGUUACCUGUCCAUGGUCAUUAUGUUUGAUCAGUUGACUUUCAGUGCCAUUUGUGUUGCUAUAUCUAACUAUCAGUUCUGUGACCUUUCAGUUCACUGGCAGCUCCCUGACAGGGAAAGACCAACUGAAGAGGGCAGAGGACGAGGACAUGAGCAAACAGAGCAAGAAGAGAUCCAGGCCCAUGCUGCUGCCGCACAUGACACCACUGCUCAAGGUUUGGACUUAAUCACACAUUUUAUAUGCUUUAGAAUUUUCCUAGAAGACCUUUACUGUAUGUGAUUGGUUAUGGUUUGGUUAUUUUAGAAAAAGAUGAAGUUUUCGUGCUCCAAAGACCAGUCCUUUGCCUCAGUUGGGAAGCAUGGAGUCUUGCGGGAGUUCACCUUUUUUGACAAGGUAAAGUGUCAGUGUUGGAAUGAUUCCAUAAUGUUUUGGCUCUGACAGACAUGAAAUCCUUGGUCACAAAUGAUGAAAAUGUUUUGAUUCGUUACAGGUUCGCCGUUUCUUCAAGAGCCAGGAGGUGUAUGAAAACUUCCUCCGCUGCAUUGCUUUGUUUAACCAGGAAGUGGUUUCGGGAGCAGAGCUGCUGCAGCUUGUCACCCCCUUUCUGGGGUAAGUGGACCGUGGGAGCUUGCAUUGGACCAUGGGAGCUUUCAAAGGGAACAGUCACUGAUGUCUUCCGGAGUAAAUAAAUGCAUUCUGAUAUUUUUGCACUGUAUGAAGGGUAAUAUGUUUUGCCAAGUCUCCUCUUGAGCCAUUCAUUCAUUUGUACAUGUUGAUUAUUUCCUCCAGGAAGUUUCCAGAGCUAUAUACCCAGUUCAAGUCAUUUCUGGGGGACAAAGAGCUCUCUCAUUCAAUGUCUGGCCUGUCAGACCGCUACAUGGAAGGAGGUGGGGGCAGGGAGGUCGACUAUGCAUCUUGCAAGCGCCUGGGAUCCAGCUACAGAGCACUACCCAAGACUUACCAGCAGCCCAAGUGCAGUGGUCGCACUGCCAUCUGCAAAGAGGUCUGCAUAAAUUAAAUAAGUUCUGUUUUUUAAGAUUUGCCAUUUCAGCACUGAUUUUUAGUCCAAGUUCAUAGCAUUUUUUGAGUCUGGUAGUGGAUGACAGAAAAUAGUUGUCUGAAGGCUAGAUAUAUGGCCUUGACAGGGACUACUAUUGCUCCAGUAGCUGUGAAUCUACAUCCAUACAAGUUUUGUUUGUCAGUGCAUGCCAGUUCUUAGUUAUUUCCCCCCCACAUUCUUUUAGAGUUCAGCUUGACCAAUGUUUAGUUGGAGCUUUUAACUUGAUAUCUGUGUCAGAGAGUGAGGAUAAGGUAUUGGUAACGACCAAUCAGAAUUGAGCAUGUGAUUAUUAUGUAUUUUUCCCCGACACUAAUUGCUUCUGGUUGGCUUUAAUGAUAAUAUUCUUAGUUGUAUGGGUAUUGAAAGUGAAACCAAAUGGGUGUUGAAGUCCUGCCUUCCUGCAUUUACAGGUGCUGAAUGACACCUGGGUUUCCUUCCCCUCAUGGUCGGAGGACUCUACGUUUGCAAGCUCUAAGAAAACCCCAUAUGAGGAGCAGCUUCAUCGCUGUGAGGACGAGAGGUUUGAAGUAAGCAAGCUGAGAUAUCAGUAUGAAAAAUGUAUGCACUCAUUAACUGUAAGUCGCUCUGGAUAAGAGCGUCUGCUAAAUGACGUAAAUGUAAUAUCAGAACUACUAUUACUACAGCCACCAACUAUAUACAUACAGACUGUUCUCCCUCAUCUACCCAGAGCAUCACUCUGCAGAAUCAUUUAGAUGAACAUGUUCCAGAAUGAUUGCUAAUGGUUAUUUUCCUGUUUCCUCAAGUUGGAUGUGGUCCUGGAGACCAACCUGGCCACCAUCCGGGUCCUGGAGAGCGUUCAGAAGAAACUGUCCCGUCUGUCGCCUGAGGACCAGGACCGGUUCCGUCUGGACGACUGUCUGGGUGGCACCUCUGAGGUCAUCCAGCGCCGAGCCGUCUACCGUAUCUAUGGCGACAAGGCCCCUGAGAUUAUAGAGGGGCUGAAGAGGAGCCCUGCUACUGCUGUGCCUGUGGUGCUCAAGAGGUCAGAGUGCACACACAACCCACACACACAUGCAGGGAUUUAACUAAGAUACUUGGCCAAUGUGAAUCUAGCUGUGUGUUAAUUCUCCUAUGUCCUCUCUGCUGUGUCUGUAGAUUGAAAGCGAAGGAGGAGGAGUGGAGAGAAGCCCAGCAGGGCUUCAACAAGAUCUGGAGGGAGCAGUAUGAGAAGGCCUACCUCAAGUCCCUGGACCACCAGGGGGUCAACUUCAAGCAGAAUGACAUGAAGGCCCUCCGAUCCAAGAGCCUGCUCAAUGAGAUUGAAAGUGUUUAUGAUGAGGUGAGUACUCGGAUGUCAAUUCAAUCUACUUUCUUUGUAUUCACCCAACUGAUAAAUCAAAUGUUCUUAGCACAGGAGAACAUCUCCUUUCUAUGUGUCUAACAUGUCUGUCCCCCUCAGCGUCAGGAGCAGAGCACAGAGGAGGGGGGCGUGGGCCAGCAGGGGCGUGACGGGAGCAGCGGUGCAGUGGUCAGCGAGCCACACAUGGUGUUCACCUACGAGGACAAGCAGAUCCUGGAGGACGCCGCCUCCCUCAUCAUCUACCACGUCAAACGCCAGCCCACCAUCCACAAGGACGACAAGGACCACAUCAAGCGCAUCAUCCAGCACUUUGUCCCUGACCUCUUCUUCUCCCGCCGCGGCGAGCUCAGCGAGACGGACGAGUGGACGGACGAGGAGGCCGAGGUGGAGGAGGGAGGAGACCGGGGAGGAGGAGGUAGCAGCAUCAUACCAGGAGCAAUAGUGGCACCAGGGGGCCAGCCACAGCAGCAGCAACAGCAGCUGAACGGGGAGUCGAGGCGGCGGCGGUGCACCUCUCCUCAAACAGUGGAGCUAGGUGGAGCCUCCUCUCACAGCCUGGCUCCAGAGGGAGGGGAGAAGGUGGACCUGAGAGACCCUGAGGCAGAGCACCAGAAGGAGCUGGACGGAGUCUACAACCUGUUCUUCACCAACAACAACUGGUACUUCUUCCUGCGGCUGCACCAGACCCUGUGCCAGCGACUGCUGAGGGUGUACCGGCAGGCAGAACGGCAGCUGCUGGAGCACCGGGCCGAGCAGAACCGAGAGAGGCUGCUGAUGGCAGAGGGCCGCAGGGAUAAGGCCAGCGACCUGGCCUUGGAGCUCCGCCUCAAACAGCCAAGUAAGAACUUCUCAGAUUUAGUGUCUUUUAAUAUUUUGUAUUCUGCAUUGGUUAGUGUGUAUCUGUGUAUGGGAGAGGGAACAUGGGGCUAAAGAUGGUCCUGUUUUUUGUACUCGAUCCACAGGUGAGGUGGAACUGGAGGAGUACUACCCAGCGUUUUUAGACAUGGUGCGCAGUCUUCUGGAUGGGAACCUGGAGUCUACGCAGUACGAGGACACCCUGCGUGAGAUGUUCACCAUCCACGCCUACAUCGGCUUCACCAUCGACAAGCUCAUCCAGAAUAUCAUUAGACAGGUCAGGGUUGUCUCCUACUCUAGUUGCCAGAUUGCAUUCUACAGAACCAGGUCCAUAUCCGUUCACUACAUAUUAAUGCUUUACCUCAAUAACAUUAUGAUCCUGAAGUUUGACUGUUCUCUGAAUGCCUGUAGGUUCGCCUUCCUCUGGGCUGACAUGUCAUUUCUCUGUGCAGCUGCAGCACCUGGUGAGUGACGAGGUGUGCCUGCAGGUGGCUGAGCUGUACCUGGCCGAGAGGAAGAGGGGCGCAGCGGGGGGGAACCUGUCGUCCCAGUGUGUGAGAGCAGCCUGGGAGACCAGCUACCAGUGGAAGUCUGAGAGGGUCAUGGCUGAGGAGAACUGCUUCAAGGUAAUGGUCUGCCCUGGGGGGACAAAUGCUGAACCUUUUUAGCCUUGAAUAUUUGAAGAGAUUUUCUAUUGAUUCUGUGCUUUGAGCAUGGGGAGACUCCGAGGGUGUAUCUUUUUAUUUGGUUGAGGGAGAAUGGUUUCCUCAUAGUGUUAGUGUAGGGCUUUAGCUGCUGCUUUUUUGGAACAGAGAUUCUGUGCAUUCUGAAACCGUCAUAAAAGCGUUUAUCAUUGAUGUUUAAUGGCAUGCUGUGGUGUGAUUUGUCUUUGUAGGUAUUGUUCAUUCAGAACAAAGGCCAGGUGACAUUGACCAUUGAGCUGCUGGACACAGAGGAGGCCCAGGCCGAUGAUCCACUGGAUGUACAGGUAAAGAAUCCUAUGGGCAGUCGCACCUAUAGAAUAUCACAGGAUUCCCUUUGGACGUUAACUUAGACUGACCUUUUAAGGCAACUUGCUGCUCCAGAUUUUGAUGGGCAGCUUGCUUUUAUAAAACACAGGUUGAGGCUAUUAAAUUGUAAACAUUAUUAGUUCUCCCUCCCACUUUGAAAAAUCAAUAAAAGGUAAAAUGACUAAUAAACCUCUGAGUUUAUGGCAGUUUUGUUAUUUAAUCUCACAGUUUUAGUGCUUUGCACUGUCAAGGCUUUUUCCCGAUAUUGAUUACGUUUUCUCUUUCCCUGUCCAGUGCCUGUCCAGCUAUAUGGAACAGUUUGUAGGGACAGAGUCGAUGCUUUGCUCGCAGACUGAAGGCUACUUUUUCAAACCUGUAUUUCUGCCCAGGUAAGGGAUUCAUGCUAUUACCGUUGGUUGGGAUGUCCAUAUACAGUGAGGGGGGGGAAAAAGUAUUUGAUCCCCUGCUGAUUUUGUACGUUUGCCCACCGACAAGGAAAUGAUCAGUCUAUAAUUUUAAUGGUAGGUUUAUUUGAACAGUGAGAGACAGAAUAACAACAAAAAAUCCCAGAAAAACGCAUGUCAGAAAUGUUAUAAAUUGAUUUGCAUUUUAAUGAGGGAAAUAAGUAUUUGACCCCCUCUCAAUCAGAAAGAUUUCUGGCUCCCAGGUGUCUUUUAUACAGGUAACGAGCUGAGAUUAGGAGCACACUCUUAAAGGGAGUGCUCCUAAUCUCAGCUUCUUACCUGUAUAAAAGACACCUGUCCACAGAAGCAAUCAAUCAAUCAGAUUCCAAACUCUCCACCAUGGCCAAGACCAAAGAGCUCUCCAAGGAUGUCAGGGACAAGAUUGUAGACCUACACAAGGCUGGAAUGGGCUACAAGACCAUCGCCAAGCAGCUUGGUGAGAAGGUGACAACAGUUGGUGCAAUUAUUCGCAAAUGGAAGAAACACAAAAGAACUGUCAAACUCCCUCGGCCUGGGGCUCCAUGCAAGAUCUCACCUCGUGGAGUUGCAAUGAUCAUGAGAACGGUGAACUACACGCCCAGAACUACACGGGAGGAUCUUGUCAAUGAUCUCAAGGCAGCUGGGACCAUAGUCACCAAGAAAACAAUAGGUAACACACUACACCGUGAAGGACUGAAAACCUGCAGCGCCCGCAAGGUCCCCCUGCUCAAGAAAGCACAUAUACAGGCCCGUCUGAAGUUUGCCAAUGAACAUCUGAAUUAUUCAGAGGAGAACUGGGUGAAAGUGUUGUGGUCAGAUGAGACCAAAAUCGAGCUCUUUGGCAUCAACUCAACUCGCCGUGUUUGGAGGAGGAGGAAUGCUGCCUAUGACCCCAAGAACACCAUCCCCACCGUCAAACAUGGAGGUGGAAACAUUAUGCUUUGGGGGUGUUUUUCUGAUAAGGGGACAGGACAACUUCACCGCAUCAAAGGGACGAUGGACGGGGCCAUGUACCAUCAAAUCUUGGGUGAGAACCUCCUUCCCUCAGCCAGGGCAUUGAAAAUGGGUCAUGGAUGGGUAUUCCAGCAUGACAAUGACCCAAAACACACGGCCAAGGCAUCAAAGGAGUGGCUCAAGAAGAAGCACAUUAAGGUCCUGGAGUGGCCUAGCCAGUCUCCAGACCUUAAUCCCAUAGAAAAUCUGUGGAGGGAGCUGAAGGUUCGAGUUGCCAAACGUCAGCCUCGAAACCUUAAUGACUUGGAGAAGAUCUGCAAAGAGGAGUGGGACAAAAUCCCUCCUGAGAUGUGUGCAAACCUGGUGGCCAACUACAAGAAACGUCUGACCUCUGUGAUUGCCAACAAGGGUUUUGCCACCAAGUACUAAGUCAUGUUUUGCAGAGGGGUCAAAUACGUAUUUCCCUCAUUAAAAAUGCAAAUCAAUUUAUAACAUUUUUGACAUGCGUUUUUCUGGAUUUUUGUUGUUGUUAUUCUGUCUCUCACUGUUCAAAUAAACCUACCAUUAAAAUUAUAGACUGAUCAUGUCUUUGUCAGUGGGCAAACAUACAAAAUCAGCAGGGGAUCAAAUACUUUUUUCCCUCACUGUAUUGGCCUUUGUAUGAAGCCACAUUAUUUCCCUAGAUGUUACAUAGCAAUCCUCUAUUGUGUUUUCACAUGUUAUUAUUUCACUGCCUUAACUAAUGACUGUGUAAAAGCAUUAUAGUGCAGAUUCUUUCUGCUCGCCAUAACAGCAAAGCACAAAAUGAGUCUUUAGUAUUACAGGCCCUGAUUUGAAUCUGAAUGUGGUGGUCCCUUGCUUCCAUGUGGUCCUCUGUCUGAACCUGAGGCACAGUAUUUUCCCUCUGAUAUACUCUGACUGUCCCCUGCUUCCCUGUGCUACCGUGUGUGCGUCUCUGUGUGUAGGAACCUGAGGCACUUCAGACGCUGGCAGGUGCGCCAGGUGGAGGCGAUGCGCUGCAGACGGGAGUGGCACAGGCAGCUGGGUGUGGAGAGUGCUGGCAGCCUGGACUGCCGCUUUAAACUCAACACCCACAAGAUGGUGUUCGUCAUGAACUCUGAGGACUACAUGUACCGCCGGGGAGCGCUGGUCAAAGCCAGGAAGGUACAGUUAAAGUCGGAAGUUUACAUACACUAAGGUUGGAGUCAUUAAAACUCGUUUUUCAACCACUCCACAAAUUUAUUUUUAACAAACUAUAGUUUUGGCAAGUCGGUUAGGACUUCUACAUUUUUCCAACAAUUGUUUACAUACAGAUUAUUUCACUUAUAAUCCACUGUAUCACAAUUCCAGUGGGUCAGAAGUUUACAUACACUAAGUUGACUGUGCCUUUAAAAAGCUUGGAAAAUUCCAGAAAAUGAUGUAAUGGCUUUGGAAGCUUCUGAUAGGCUAAUUGACAUCAUUUGAGUCAAUUGGAGGUGUACCUGUGGAUGUAUUUCAAGGCUUACCUUCAAACUCAGUGCCUCUUUGCUUGACAUCAUGGGAAAAUCUAAAGAAAUCAGCCAAGACCUCAGAAAAAAAAUUCUGGUUCAUCCUUGGGAGCAAUUUCCAAAUGCCUGAAGGUACCACGUUCAUCUGUACAAACAAUAGUACGCAAAUAUAAACACCAUGGGACCACGCAGCCGCCAUACCGCUCAGGAAGGAGACGCGUUCUGUCUCUUAGAGAUUAACGUACUUUGGUGCGAAAAGUGCAAAUCAAUCCCAGAACAACAGCAAAGGACCUUGUGAAGAUGCUGGAGGAAACGGGUACAAAAGUAUCUAUAUCCACAGUAAAACAAGUCCUAUAUCGACAACCUGAAAGGCCGCUCAGCAAGGAAGAAGCCACUGCUUCAAAACCGCCAUAGAAAAGCCAGACUAUGGUUUGCAACUGCACAUGGGGACAAAGAUCGUACUUUUUGGAGAAAUGUCCUCUGGUCUGAUGAAACAAAAAUAGAACUGUUUGGCCAUAAUGACCAUCGUUAUUUUUGGAGGAAAAAGGGGGUGCUUGCAAGCCGAAGAACACCAUCCCAACCGUGAAGCACGGGGGUGGCAGCAUCAUGCUGUGGGGGUGCUUUGCUGCAGGAGGGACUGGUGCACUUCACAAAAUAGAUGGCAUCAUGAGGAAGGAAAAUUAUGUGGAUAUAUUGAAGCAACAUCUCAAGACAUCAGUCAGGAAGUUAAAGCUUGGUUGCAAAUGGGUCUUCCAAAUGGACAAUGACCCCAAGCAUACUUCCAAAGUUGUGGCAAAAUGGCUUAAGGACAACAAAGUCAAGGUAUUGGAGUGGCCAUCACAAAGCCCUGACCUCAAUCCUAUAGAAAAUUUGUGGGCAGAACUGAAAAGGCGUGAGAGCAAGGAGGCCUACAAACCUGACUCAGUUACACCAGCUCUGUCAGGAGGAAUGGGCCAAAAUUCACCCAACUUAUUGUGGGAAGCUUGUGGAAGGCUACCUGAGACCUUUGACCCAAGUUAAACAAUGUAAAGGCAAUGCUACCAAAUAUGAAUUGAGUGUAUGUAAACUUUUGACCCACUGGGAAUGUGAUGAAAGAAAUAAAAGCUGAAAAAUAAUUCUCUACUAUUAUUCUGACAUUUCACAUUCUUAAAAUAAAGUGGUGAUCCUAACUGACCUAAGACAUAAUUCUUACUAGGAUUAAAUGUCAGGAAUUGUGAAAAACUGAGUUUAAAUGUAUUUGGCUUAGGUUUAUGUAAACUUCUGACUUCAACUGUAGCUAUUAGUAUUACUGUCUGGGAUUACUGUGUGUGUGUGUGUGUGUUUUUUUUUUUUUAGGUGAAGAACAGCUAAGGCAGGCAUAUCUUGUCUUUUUAAUUUAUUUAUAGCUUUAGAUGGCAAACACAAAUUAGGGUUCCAAGUUCAUUUAAUAUAUUUGAAGUGUUAGGUGUCUUGUUUUGGCAUCAGCUAGACAUCCUCAUGACACUUAUCAUCCAGAGUGCUUCCACUGUGGUACAUGAAGCCCUGUCUGUAGGUCUGACUAACUCUUCCCGUCUGUCUCUCCUUCAGUCUCAGCACAAGGUGGCUGUGAAACAGCACGAGCGCUUUGACAAGUGGCACCAGGGCUGGCUGGCAGAGCACGUGCCUCCGGCGGCCGAGCGCUCGGUCCACGACUGGCUGAUGGGUGAGGAGGAAGAGGACAUGAUCCCCUGCAAGACCACCUGCCUCAACACACAGGUCAAAGGCCUGCCUGUCAACAGAUACCAGGUGCAUUACAGUAGGAAACCCCCCUCCUCUCCCUAGAGGAUGGAUCCACACACACAAUCUCUCUCUCACACACACACCUGACCUACUACACACACGGAGAGAGACUGGGUGGACUUGGCAGACAUGUUGAGACUGAGACUGGGGGAUCCAGCACGGAACACAGGAGCUCUUCAUCCGAUUCACCCAUGCUGCUUCUCUGUUCACACAGUCAGCAGUGCAAGCAGAGGGACGUGAGAAUAAAAUCAUUGUUUGUUUCAGAAAUGUGAAUGUUUUUUUUGUUUUUGUUUUUUUAAGUCUGUUGUAGUUUUUAGCUUCUGAAGCCAGAGGGCCUUUUUGUUUGUUUGUAUAUGUUUAUACUGAAGUACUGAGAGAAAUGGUUAAAUGUGUCAUGCUCCACAAUGUAUUUUGUACAGUAAGCUCAACUUAAGUAAUUGCAUUACUGUAUGUGCAUAUAUACAACUGUACACAUUUUAUAUAUGCAUUUACAUGAAUAAGAUGAAUGAACAUGUAAAAUUACAUGGAUCUUAGUGUUUUGCAGGCAGCAAAUUCUUGAUAUUUUCUUUUUUCUGGUCAUUUUUCUUGUGACUAAUCUAAACAGAUGAUUAAUUGCCAGUGUGACAAGUCCUCACAAUUGAUUUAACUUUGUACAUUUUAUGGAACAUCAGAAUUAUGGAUCAUAUUCAUGAUUUCACCAAAUCUUUACUUUGGUUUGUCAUUUUACAUACUAAAAUAAACAAUAUCAGUGUUAAAAAAAGAAUGUAUAACAUUUAUCCUGUAUCAGUUAUCAUGAAAAUAAACAACCUAGUUGUGAACUUCUUAAACAGCCUGGAAAAGUCUUAAAUGUUUUUGAUUAUAUAUAUUUUUUCUUGAUUGUGUUGGGGUGCAGAACUUGGAAG